UGUGUGUUUGUGUCUGUGUACGUGUGAGUCCUCCCCGGCAGCAUGAGAUGAGCUGCCUGCACUCUUAGCGGCCACAGUCCUCCACCUCCUCCUCCGCCUCCACCUCCUCCUCCGCGUCUCCCUGCCGCUGUCCGCGUGUCCGCUCCGGGAGUGUUGACCACCGCGGUGUGAUCGAUCAACGCCCGCGCCCUGCAGCCUCGUCUCCCGGGCGCGCCCGCGUGUCCGUCCCGGAGGGUCGGAGCUCGCCUCGGCUGAUCCGGCUGUAAGGUUCUGCUUUGUCCAUCUUGUAGCGAAACUGAUCCAACGAGGCAAGUCGUUCAAAAGAGCCGAGAAAAACAAAACAUGGCUGUGGCUGGAUGUCCGGAUUAUUUCCUGCACCACCCAAAUUAUCAGCAAGACAAUAUCGACCGGUCCUCCAACCACAUACAAGCUGACAUCAUUGGUCCGAACUUCCAGCAAUCAGCCAAUCGGAGUUCUCCAAACCAUCAAGAUGAUGACGUUGAUUUAGAGGCCCUGGUGAAUGAUAUGAACUCAUCGCUGGAGAGCCUGUACUCCACCUGCAGUGGCCAGCAGACAGAGUCCACCCCACUACUGCACAAUGGACAGAGCUCUUCCUCGCACCAACUCCACCACCACCCUCAUCACACGCAGCUCAACCAGCCCCGGCAGGGUCUGCACUCACACGCGCAAAGCCACAUCUGCCCGGAGCCGCCCUCGUCCUCCUCGCCUGCAGACUUGUCCCACCGGAGCCUCCGGCGGUCACAACCCAUGCACAUUCUCGCUGUCAGGAGGUUGCAGGAGGCGGAGCAGCAGCUGCGGACAUCAUCCCUCCCGGCAAUACCCAACCCCUUCCCCGAGCUCUGCAGCCUGGCAAACUCCCCAGUGCUCAGCCCUGGCUCCCUACCUCCUGGAGAACCCUCCACCGGCAUUUACAUUGUGAAGGUCUUCAGUGAAGACGGCCUGGGUAAAGUUGUGGAGAUCCCGGCCGGCAUGACAGCCAGGGACCUGUGCCAGCUCCUGGUUUAUAAAAGCCAUUGUGUGGACGACAACAGUUGGGCACUUGUUGAACACCACCCGCUGCUGGGGCUAGAGCGCUGUCUGGAGGACCAUGAGCUGGUGAUUCAGGUCCAGGCCUCUAUGAGCAGCGGCAGUAGAUUCCUCUUCAGGAAGAACUAUGCCAAAUAUGAAUUCUUCAGAAACACCCAUACAUUUUUCCCCGAGCACAUGGUUGCAUGGUGCCAGGAAACCAAUCGCACGAUUCCGCCAUCUCAGCUCCUUCAGAACUUCCUAGCAACCAGCAGCUGUCCAGAGAUCCAGGGGUAUCUGUAUGUGAAGGAUGUGGGUAGAAAGUCAUGGAAGAAAGUUUACAUGUUCCUGCGGCGCUCAGGUCUCUACUGCUCUGCAAAAGGAACCUCAAAGGAGCCCAGACAUCUUCAGUUUCUGGCAGACCUUGAAGACAGCUCCAUCUUCACUGUCAUCACUGGCAAGAAGCUGCACGGGGCACCAACAGACUACGAGUUCUGCAUCAAGCCCAAUAAAUGUCGAGGGGAGUCGAAGGAGUUGAGGAUGCUGUGUGCGGAGGACGAACAAGGCAGGACCUGCUGGAUGACUGCCUUCCGCCUCUUCAAGUACGGGAUUGUGUUGUACCAGAAUUAUAAGAUUCCCCUUCAAAGAAAAACCCUGCUGUCACACUUCUCAGCCCCUGUGCGGAGUGUGUCAGAGAACUCCCUUGUGGCGAUGGAUUUCUCGGGGCGGAUAGGCAGGGUGAUUGAAAACCCGCUGGAGGCUCAGAGCGCUGCCAUGGAGGAGGGACAUGCGUGGAGGAAGAGGAGUCAACGAAUGAACGUAUUAGGCUCCCACAGUCCUCUACACCACUCUUCACUCAGCUCGGUCAUCCACAUAGCUCAGAUGUGGUUCCACGGUAGGAUUACCAGAGAAGAGUCCCACCGCCUCAUCCACCAGCAGGGACAAGUAGACGGGUUGUUCCUGCUGAGAGUCAGUCAGAGCAAUCCAAAGGCUUUUGUGCUCACAUUGUGCCACCACCAGAAAAUCAAACAUUUCCAGAUACUACCGUGUGAAGAGGACGGCCAAGUCUUCUUCAGCCUUGAUGACGGCGCCACCAAAUUCACCGACCUGAUUCAGCUGGUGGAGUUCUACCAGCUCAACAGAGGAGUUCUGCCUUGUAAACUCAAACAUCCGUGCACCGUUGUGGCCUUAUGACAUCUUCGGAUCAUCUGACUCCAUGACCCCUAUUACUUGACCUGACUGCCUAAAACAAACAAAACAGCAAGAUUCCCUCUGUUGGUUUGAUUUGUUUCAAUCGUUACAACAGGCUGUGGAAUUUAGUGACGUUUUGUUGUCAUUUUAUAUUGCCGCCAGUCACUUGUCGGAAUCCUUUUGCAUGGAUGUCGGAUGUACAACUUGCUCACGAGGCUCCUUGGUCAAGAAGAGAAAGGAUUGAGGAAAUGAACACUGCCGUUUGUGUCAACGCGUACUCUUACACACUCUUGCUAACCACAGUCAUCAAUAAGCUUGGACACAGUGACCCUCAAGGUUUUUAUUCACCCAGUUGGACUUUCCCUUCAACUGGGCCUUCAGCAGGGCCGUUCACACUUUUGUUUGGACCAGUCUUGUGGUUCUCUGAGCGGUCAAACUGUCCAAGACCGAGUCGCUUUCAUCACACGUCUUCAAGGAUUUACUGUAGAUAAAGAAUUGAUUGUCUUAGUUUUGGGAGUGGCCUUUGACGGUGCCUGACUUCUCAGCGGGCCGGACUGUGAGAUUGUGCUGCCGCCCUCUAGUGUCAUAGGCGUGUAAGGACAUGUCAUUAUGCACGCAGCGCAAAAACAGGGCUGCUUUUGGUUUGCAAACAUCGGAAGGUUGUCAUGUCAAAGUAGCCUGGAUAAAAACAACAAAGGGAAAACAUGAAUCCAUUGAAACAAAGUUUUUAUUAAUCAUCUGUUCUGUCCACCCUCACAUACAUGCAUUUGCUCCUCUCACCAUAAAUGUUCCUUUGUCAAUGAUACGUUCAUUGCAGUUAUCUAUUGCUGUCAAAAGACUCUUUAAUAAUAUAUAUUUUUUAAUAUUUUGCAUUCUGGAUAUUUGCAAGUCUUCAUUAUUCACAAAUGCUACAAUACGGUCAUUGUGUACUUGUUAUUCUCCAUGCUUCAUAAUCUUAUUAAGGAUGUCCCAUGUAGCUUCUACUGUAAUGAAUAAGCAAAUUAUCAAAAACCUUGGUGUCAUUCAGGGCAAAGUAGCUAGUUAUUAAUGUAGAGUAUGUUUGUAACCAGGGAGACACUACUGGUGAUUGUAAAGUAAAAAUACUAUUUCGGGGGAAGUUAUCGCAGUAGUACACGUCAGGCAAAAGCAUGAUGGCACCCCUAACAUCUCCUCCAGCCGUUUCUCAAGUGGCCACACAUGAAAAGAGUAGAAAUUAUAAUGUUUGUCGGCUCAAACACAAAGUGGUAGGAGACAUCUGUCCUUGUCCUGGACCCUCUUUUUACCGAGGUGUCACAUGUCUACAAAUUACCUAUUACUUAUACCUGUUGGGAGUCAGGGAGAUGCUGUCAGUUAUGCAUGAUUGAGUGUGACUCCACACUGAUAAUAGACUCUGCAUUGCAUUCCGCGUAAUGCUGCCUUUUUCUGCCUGGAAGUACUUGUGUGUUGUAUCACAUAUGCGUCCUCUAAAACUGCACGUCACGUCUUAAUGAAUUUAUCCUGACAGUCUACAAGAAUAGCUGCUGCUGUGUCGUUGGAGAAACAAAAAAGAUAGCCGCCUCUCCUUUUCUUUUUUAAGCCUGCUGUUUGAUAAAGUCUAAAUGUCAGUAGAAAGGCAGAAAAAACUGGAAAUCUAGACUUCUGACUGCGAUUGUACCAAUUACUAAAAGUGCUACGGGGCCCACUUAUAUUUUAAACACUUUUGACACCUGUUGAUCAUGUCUGUGAUUCAAAACUACACAAAACAUUUUCUGAAACAGUCCUUCUCAAAGAGGAAAUAAAAAUUGCGUUUCAUUUAGUCCAAACUGGCAGCUCAGGUCAGGUCACAAGCCAGCAGACAACUCGUUCUAUAUCUGUACGUCUCUGUGAUGUCACAACGUCACCAGCCGUGAUUUAAUGACCUGCAGGUUAUGAAAAUUAGAGAUGCAGAGUAGCCGCACCUUAUUGACUCCCUGUGCAUGGUCGCGAUUAUUUAUCCAAGAUGCAAUGACUCAAUCAUUUUUUUAAGUAGUGUUGCAGCAAAAUGUAUUUAUUUAUCUGGAUGUGACUGAUUACUUGAAAAUGUUACAUGUCUUUCUCUCAGCACUGUUCUGUUUUCCAUCGUCAUUACAUCUAUGGUUUUAUUUGUAUUUUCUCUUUUGGAUCUUUUCACAAAUAUUCUUUGUCUUCACAAAUACGUGUCAUGGGGUGAUGUUUUAAAGCACACUGGCAUCCAAAGUUUUACCAUUGUCAUUUCAAAUAUGACAGCCAAAUAUGAAAUGUUUGGAAUUGUAAACAAAAAUACUCCCUUUAAUCAAUGUUCUCAUUUCUCACAUAUCAAUAGAAUUAUCCGGUAUUAAGAAUUCCAAUUUAUUUGACCUAAAAUAAGAAAAACUAAUAUGAAUUAGUAAGUAAAAGACAAAUGUGUCACAAAACCUGUUCAAGUAAUUCUCAACAUUCUCAUAAUUCAUUGUUCAAACAUCCUGGCUUGAAGAAUGACUUGUGGGAAUUUAGACAUGGGAAAAAAAGCCCUCAGGUUCAUAUUUUAUGAGAUUAUAUGUUAUUGAAGAAAUAAAUCCCACCUCCAGCCCUUCUCUCACACACACACACACACACACACACACACACACACACACACACACACACACACACACACACACACACAUACAUAGAGAUACAUUAAGCCAUUGUCUUAAUCAUGCAUACUUUUCAAACUGCCAUAAACAGGUAUGGAUUUAGGUAAUAGAAAGCAGCGCUGCUUGAUGGGUUACAGCAUCCACGUGUGUUCAGCAGAAUAGGGAAACAUAACUUAGUAGUAGGCUGUUCUCAUUUGCAUGAACGUGGACUAUGAUUGUAUUGUGUAGAGAUUCUGUCACUGAUAUUUGAUACGUGAAUGUUAGGGGGAAAUCAGGAUUUUGACAAUACAUAGAUGAUUUUGUAGUUGUGGUCACGUCACCUUUAGGCUACUGAGAUGAGGCUCCGACGCCAGCUGUCUCUUAACUCCAGUCCAGGUGUCCUGAGUUGACCGUUCUCCCACUCGACUCUCAGCCUCAAACUCCCAGUAUUCUCGUCCUUAUGUGGGUUGACGCAAACAGUAGCAUGUGUCAACAAGUAGCUUUGAGGGGGCGGGAUGUGUGUGUGUGUCAUAUACACGUACUGUAAGUGCAGAUGACAGAGAGGAAAUUAAAAGGCUGAACACAAUGCUGCGGAUUUGGAUAUCAACCUUUUUACACCUAACAGAAAUGAAUGUGAACGGGAGAAAUGGCUUGAACCCAGUUAACAAUCUUGCUUGUUCUAUUGUUUAGCCGUUGAUAUAUAUUGCACUCAAACAUGUAAAUAAAAUUACAGACAGUAGAGCACAGUGUCCGUUAUGGUACCAUGUAAUAUGUAACCACAGAUGAUGCCUCCGAUUACUUGUGGACCAAAUGGCCGACAAAGCUGCCGUUGGUACUUCUAUUCAAUUAGAAAAACAGAAAAUGAGA